CCAACUUGGAUUGGGGUUAUAUUUCUUUUCGGAUAUGCGCAAUUAUAAGAGUUGGUAUUGACAUGUUUCCUUAAGCACAUUCUGCGCGACAACCCACCCAGCACCAAAGCUCGCCCAACAUGCUGCGACAGCCUCUAGCACGCACCCUCGGCCGACCUCCCCUCCCUCAGGCCCCAACCGCCUGUCCACGCUGCUCCCACACCGUCCGUCGGACCAUCUUCCAGCGCUCGCGCCAGCAGCCCUCGCGCCGUGAAGCCCUCGACAACCUCAACGUUCAGCGCCUUGCCCGCCAGCAUGCCGAGUACUACAACACGCGGCAGCAGAUGCUGGCGGGUGGUGCCGCUGCCGGUCUCAUCUCGAUCAUCUACAUAUCCUACAAGAUCUAUGUGCUGCUGAGAGAUGGGGAUGGGGCCAAUAAGGCCAAGGCUGGAAGAGGCACACAGCUGGAUUCGGGCUUGCCAGCGGGCCACCCACUGAACGAUGCUGGGAGGCAGGUGGUCAAACACGACGAGGACGGGCGCGAGCUCGUGCCAACGGGGAACAGCACGGUGCCUGCGUUUCCGAGGACGAUCGAGCUGCCUGAAUUUACGGAGACAACACCGGGUGCGCAGGAAGACAACACCGCGGUACCUGCCGACCGCGUUCCAAGUGUUAUUUCCCCCACCCUCGUGGUCCGACCAAGUGAGACCAGCGAUACCGAGUAUACACUCGUGGGCCUGGGCACCCGCUCUGUGUCCUUCCUGGGCAUCAAUGUCUAUGUACUAGGGUACUACAUCGCGACAGCAGACAUAGCCGAGCUGCAGGCGCGCCUCGUCAAGAGGAUCAACCCCAUCGCGUCGGCGCUGGUCUCGACGGAGAAGGACGACCUGCGCAAGAAGCUGCUGGACGUGGUGGAGGGCGAGCAGGUCUGGGAGGAGCUGCUUCGAUCUGGUGUGCCGGCGCGGAGCAUGGUGCGCGUGGUGCCGGUUCGCGACACAGACUUUGGCCACCUGCGCGACGGCUUUGUCCGGGCCAUUCAGGCGCGGACGGGCCAGGAGAAGGAUGAGGCCUUUGGGCAGGCCAUGCAGGAGUUCAAGAAGAUUUUCAGCAGGGGCAAGGUGCCGAAACAGAAGGAGCUGCUACUUCUCCGGGACCGGGACGGCAAGUUGACCAUGGUCUACGAUGAGGGCAAGUCAUGGGGUAGACAGCUCCUGGGCACCGUGGCAGACGAGAGGAUCUCGAGGGCGCUGUGGAUGAAUUACCUCGCGGGCAAGAAGAUUGCGAGCGAGGAGGCCAGGCAGAGCAUUGUGAACGGCGUUAUGGGCUUUGUGGAGAGGCCUGUGGGGACGGUGGCAGCGCAGGUCAUAUAGUGGCGAGUGAUUACUCCUAUCCUUCUUCCGAUUACCAUCUCUACUACCAUUGGCGAGAAGAAAAAGAAAGGAGACAAGAGAAAGCACAAAGGAAGCAUCACGCCUUGCGAGAAUACCCAGAGAAACCUGUUUCAAUUCUGUCUCGAGGGAUGAUCUUUGCUUUACUUGGCAACUUUGACGGGGUUUUUUGUUUAUUACUCUCUUCCCCGUAUAAUAUUCUUGGUCAUCGCUCCUAUGGAUGGAUAACUCCACGCUCCCCUCAUCUACUUCCCCCACCAUCACAGGUUUGCCUUGCCGUCCAUGCUGUAGUCGUCAAUGCCACUCCGUCAUAGUAGAAGAAUUGAAACGAGAGUAGUAGUUGCUGCUUGGGCGGAACGGGCCUUACGCAAUGGCGCCGACCCCCUUGAGCUUGGCCUUGAGGUCAUUCUGCGAGAGGGCGUGCAGGUUGUCAUUGCCACCGAUGUGCUCGCCACCGAUGAAGAUGUUGGGUACGCUGCGCUGGCCCUCGGCGGCCACGACCUCUUU